GCACGCAUGGCCACGAGAGGGCGGGGGAGGAGUGAAGAGGUUGAGGCGCCCCGCCCAGUCAGCCGGGUUGCGCGUGCCCUGUGAGACCGCCAAGAUGGUGGUGGGCGCGUUCCCUAUGGCGAAGCUGCUAUACUUGGGCAUCCGGCAGGUCAGCAAGCCGCUUGCCAACCGCAUUAAGGAGGCCGCCCGCCGAAGCGAGUUCUUCAAGACCUAUAUCUGCCUCCCGCCGGCUCAACUGUACCACUGGCUGGAGAUGCGGACCAAAAUGCGCAUCAUGGGCUUCAAUGCCGCUGCCGUCAAGCCACUGAACGAGGGGGCAGCCGCCGAGCUGGGCGCGGAGCUGCUCGGCGAGGGCAUCAUCUUCAUCACCGCCUGCAGCUGCCUGAUGCUGGAGUACUGGCGCCACCAGUUGAAGCAGCGCCGCAAGGAAAAGGAGCGACGCAUUGCCAGGGAGGAGCUGCGGGGCGAGAUGGGCCACUUGGGACUGGCGCUCGAGGAGCUGCAGACGCAGGUGCAGGCCACGCAGAUGCAGCUCGCCCUGGAGGAGCUGCGCGCUCAGCUGCAAGAGGUGCGAGCCCACCUCUGCCUCCCAGACCCGCCGCCUGCGCCCCCAGUUGUGCCGGCGUCGGAGAAAUAGGAGGUCUCGGGGCCCUGGUCUUGGAGGUGACUACUGCCUGGACUGCGAAUUCUCCGUAUUGGCCUAUUCUCCGCACUGUCCCAUCCUGGACCGGCCCAGCUGACACCACCCAGUCCUUCGAGGGCGCCGGAGAGAUCCUGGGCUGAAGCCGACCCAAUCUCCCUACUAAACUGCUCCAGUGGUACCUUCCACUGGGACUCGCCUCCUGCAGGUGGAACGUUCCAAGAAGGAACCCGCCCUCUCCCACCCCGCCCCUGCCAGCGCAUUGGUUGAGCACUUUGGAAAGACAGCGUCUUUUAUCAGACCCCACCUCCAUUCGGCUAGGUAGGCCAGCAGGACGUCCACCUCUUUUGGCAAAAGAAAAUUGGAUUCUGCACCUGGAUUUAGCCACCUCUCAUUCUGUCACCCGCACCCUCACUCACCUGAGUGGAGCCUUCCCCUUGGACGCUCAUCCUUUGCACCAAACACCCCCUACCUCCACCUCAUUGGUACAGACCAUUGUAAAGAUGCACAAAGUUCGUACGGACUUCCCGACCCGCCCCCUUCCAUCUACCUCAAUCUUAGGGGGAAGGGAGGUGGGGGUGAAUCCUGCACAGUGUUAGCUCCAAUGAGUCACCACCCUGUGGCUCCUGACCUUAAUCCAUCUUAGUACCUGCCAUUGUCAUCCUCCCCUCCCUGCGUGGAUCGACCCAACAGAACCCCCCUCUUCUUCCGCCUAUGGCGCACCCUACUGGCAUGGCUAUGCUGGGUCUUCCAGGGCGACGCCUCCAUUCUGUAGUCUGUUCCAGCAGGACGUGGCCUUUUGGGAGGAAAAACCCAUCUUGACCAGGGCUAGUCCAUUCUAGCUCACCAGUCCCCAGUCCUGGACCUACUGCUACUGUCCUUUUAUCCGGUCAUCCCUCGCUGUCCUCUUCAGUUGCCUUUGCUAGGGACCGGCCUGUCCCUCUACUACCUAAGUCAUCGUCAGUUCGCCCACCUUCCCUCCAAAUCUGCCCCUCAGAGUACUCAGGAAUCGCCCUUUCUUCCUACCUUUGGACUGGCCCAGGUCUCCCUCCGCCCUCCUUCUUGCACAUGCCUCCUCCAGGGGGACUACCGGUCCCUCAGCCCUGAGGUCCCCCUGUCCAAGCGGGGUAUUCCACCAGGGCAUAUGACCUACCCACCCGACAACUGAAGGGGGCGUGGGUGAGCUCUGUGACUCUGAAUGCUACUUUUUACAUAGACUGUCAGCGUGUUAUAAUUAAAGGAGCUCUGGGGUAAAGAUCUUAA